GUGCUGUGGAACAAGGAAGUGUUUGUUGGGCUGCUCGCCGGCGGAGAUGGACCUCUUUUUACGAUGCUUCUUGCUCCUGGGAGCACUCUCUGUUGUUGCCUGCUACGCUGCAGAUGAGAUUACCUAUAUGCCAGGGCUGCCUAAGCAGCCAUCUUUCCGUCAGUACUCCGGCUUUCUCAACGUGUCAGAUGGCAAGCACCUCCAUUAUUGGUUUGUGGAGUCCCAGAAGGAUCCCAGCACUAAUCCUUUGGUUCUCUGGCUGAAUGGUGGUCCAGGCUGCAGCUCACUGGACGGACUACUGACUGAACAUGGCCCUUUUCUGAUUCAGCAAGAUGGUGUUACCCUGGAGUACAACGACUACUCUUGGAACAAGAUUGCCAAUGUUCUGUACAUAGAGGCUCCAGCUGGUGUGGGCUUUUCGUAUUCUGAUGAUAAAAACUACAAGACAAAUGACACAGAGGUUGCUCACAAUAACUACCUGGCACUGAAACAGUUUUUCCAGCUGUAUCCUCAGUUCAGUAAAAAUGACUUUUACAUAACAGGGGAGAGCUAUGGAGGAGUGUAUGUACCGUCUCUGGCUGUCGAGGUUUCUCAGGACUCCAGUAUAAACCUUAAGGGGAUCGCUGUGGGGAACGGACUAAGCAGCUAUGAGAAUAAUGACAACUCAUUGAUUUUCUUUGCUUAUUACCAUGGAAUUUUGGGCAGCCAGCUGUGGUCUGGAUUACAGACAUAUUGCUGCACAAAGGGAUCCUGCCAGUUCUAUAACAAUCCAGAUGGGAACUGCUCUCUCCUGGUACAAGAGGCCAUGCAUGAUGUGUACAGUACAGGACUGAAUAUUUACAAUCUCUAUGAGUCCUGCCCUGGAGGGGCCCCAGGGGAGGUCAAGGAUAAUGGUGAUCAUAUAAUUGUGUACCAUCCAGGGAUGAUUUCUCCUCAACUACUCAAACACUGGAACAAGAAGUUGCUAUCUCUUUCACUUGUACAGAAACCAAUACGAUUGGACCCCCCAUGCGUAAACAGCACAGCUUCCCGUAUCUUCCUGAACAAUGGGCUUGUUAGGCUAGCCCUCCACAUUCCUCCAAGUGUGCAGCAGUGGGAGGUCUGCAGCUAUGAUGUGUACAGUACAUAUGGGCGCAUAUAUCAGAGCAUGAAGGACCACUACCUGAAGUUGCUCAGUACCAUGAAAUACAGAAUCCUGGUGUAUAAUGGAGAUGUGGAUAUGGCGUGUAACUUCCUGGGUGACCAGUGGUUUGUGGACUCUCUGCAACAGAAGUUACAGGUACAGCGUCGACCCUGGUUGUAUAAUGAGGGGGGACAGCAGCAGAUCGGUGGCUUUGUAAAAGAGUUUUCCAACCUUUCCUUCCUAACCAUCAAGGGAGCUGGUCACAUGGUACCAACAGACAAACCAAAUGCUGCUUUUAUUAUGUUCAGCCGCUUCCUCCAGAAUGAGCCCUUCUAAUUGCAAGCUCCCCUGCAACACAGCACAUAGGACUGCACAGUAUUUAGCAGAGGGACGACGAUCCAUGUUUCUCACAGCUACAAAUGCCCUAUGCAUUGUCUCACAAGGGGCCUUUCCCUUUUCUAUCACUUACUUUAUUUCCAUACUUUCCUUUGUGCUAAGAAACAAAAACCCAAAGUCUGCUUCCUUUCGCUCUUUUUACUGUUGUACAGUAGUCACGUGCUUUUAUGGCAGGGACACAGCAUUGUGUCAGUUUCUUGGUUAUUUAAAUACUCUUUCAUGGAAUAACCACUGUUAGGUUUGUGGGUGACCCUUUCCUUGUUACCCAAUCAUAUCUCAGGUGCCAUUUGUUUUUUGCUUAGAAUACGAUUAUUGAUUUGCUUGGGAAAGGGAGGCUGGUGCCGACCCUGAAAUGUUGCACUUUUUACCUCUGCUUAAAUAAACGGGGUAACCCCCUGCCCAUUCCAAUUGAGCUGAUCUGUGUUUUUUCAUUCAUUCAAAAUACAGUAGCACCCCCAUUUAUGUUUUUUCAGGGGACCUGGGAAAGUUGUGUAGAAUCAGGAAAACGGGUUAAAGCAGCUUAAGUACUCAGAGCAUAAUAAGCACAGGAGUCAGGUUCACCUUGAAAUACAAUAUUUACUGUGUUAAUGACAAGGGUUAAGCAUUGCAGCAAUAAUGUUACACUAUGGUGUACUAUAGUUUAAAAUGUCGGAAAACUUAAAAUUAUGUGGAGGUUUCACGUAUCAUUUGUAUCAAAGUCUGUAAAUGAUGUUCAAUUAAAGGACUUUAAAAGGA